AGAUUUGUUACGGUAUUAAAGUUAGUUCUCGGACUAAAAUUUAUCCUUAUUACAAAUCCAAGACCAAACGAGGAUGAUCUGGUACCGAAGACAGUCCCCGGUUUAAUUAGGAUCCACAGAUUAUAAACCAAAAAAUUACAGUGAUCAAUUGAUUCAUUCACUUGGCGUUUGAAACACCGUUAAGUUAUAGUACCUUGGACGAUCUUCAAUUGUAUGCACGAGUGUUAGUGGUGAAACAGCGAAUUAACGCAUCAGUAAGUGGUAGUGGAUAAGUUUGCGGUACCGGAAUAACCGACUUUCUGCGGCACACAUUUGUUGAAUCUUUGUUGGGUAUCCCUCCUCGGUAGCUGAAAGUUCAGCUGAACAUAUUGUCCAGCCUCCGUGCUGGUACACGCAUAUAAUAGCGGAAUAAUCGCGUAGCGUAUAUAGUACUUUCAUUUACCAGGCGUAAUUUUUUAAAGGUGCUCGCUAGUUACUAACAAGGAACAGUAUUUUCGGAAAGAAAAGUCUUUACUACUAUUAUAAAUUUUAGUCAUAGAUUAAGAAUAAUGGAUUACAUAAGCGGGUGGUGCAAAAGUCAACGCAGGUUGGAUGGCUACACGGUUAUUAUAACCGGCAGUAACGGAGGAAUCGGCAAAGCAACUGCUUCUGAUUUAUAUUCAAGAGGUGCUCGAGUCAUUAUGGCAUGCCGAAAUAUAGAGAAGGCGGAAAAGGCGAAAAAAGAAAUUAUAAAAGAAAACGUGUGUAAAGCUCAAAUGGGCUCACUGGCAAUAGAAUAUUUAGAUCUGUGCAGUCUAAAAUCAAUUCGGUCAUGUGCAAAUCGCAUUUUAGAGAAAGAGCCUAAUAUAAAUAUACUAAUAAAUAACGCUGGUGUGAUGAUGUGUCCUGAAAGUAAGACAGAAGAUGGAUUUGAAAAACAGUUUGGUUCAAAUCACUUAGGCCAUGCAUAUCUUACGUUGCUAUUGCUACCAAGGCUUAUAAAAAGUGCUCCUUCUAGAAUAAUUUUUGUCUCGUCUUUGUUACAUUGCAUAUACACAGAAAACUUCGAUGACAUAAAUUAUGAAGGCUCAUCUUAUAGUUCAUUAUUCGCUUAUGCCUGUAGUAAAACAGCAAAUAUUGUGUUUGCCAAAGCACUCGCUAUGAAAUUAAAGGAACAUAACAUACACAACGUAACUACGUAUAGUUUGCAUCCUGGCGUUGUUAAAACAAAUAUUAACCAGUACUUUGACAAAACAGCAUUUUUCCUCUUCAAUUCCAUAUUCAAUAGUAUUUUUACAACUUGUUUCUGGAAGACUCCUAGAUGCGGCGCUCAGACGUCUAUCUACUGCGCUGUCGACGAGGAUUGUGCCGGGGAAAGCGGAUUGUAUUAUAGUGAUUGUGCCAAGGCUAUGGAGUCCGCUUAUUGCAGAGAUGAAAAAAGGAUUUCAAAGCUAUGGGAAAUUACCAUUAAGAUGUUAAAAUUAGAAAGUUUCUACUCUGACGGUAAUAUACCUGUCAGUGAUUUGGAUUUGUACUAAAAUAAAUAAUUGAGACAAAUUUAUGCGAUAUUGUGUAGAUGGGUGGAUCAGUUAUUCUUUGUCAAAAAAUUAUCCUCAACAAUAUAAAAUCGAAAAAAAAUAUUAAUAAAAGCUUUUAUUUAUGCUAAGAAA